CUUGUAGAUGCUUCUUCACUUCAAGAGAGAGAGAGAAACGGAUAUGGAUGAAGAAAUAAACCAAUUCAAAGCCCAUAUAUAGCUCAUCCAUGAAAUCCUUUUUAAAUAUAUAUUUUUGCAUCAGUUGGUAUCAAUAUGAAGUUUAAUAAUCUCGAGUUCGCAGCCGUCUCAAAUCGGCAUCUGCUACGUAUAAAUCCGCGUCCCCGGUGAAAAUCUCAUUUCUACGUAAACUGCAGCAGGUAUCCGCAUCUGAAAAUCGACGGAGCUGAUUGCGCGAAAUUGCGAGUUACAGAUGGUGAUGGAAGAUAUAGGGAGCUGCGGAAGUACUAGGCGAGAGGAGAAACCGUCGUCGGCGAAGACGAGCCGGUUGCAGCAGAAGAAAGCGGAGGUUUACAAUGAGGUUUUGCGGCGGCUCAAGGAAGUCGGACAUUACGAAGCUCAGGAAAUGGAUUUCGAUCAUCAGCUUUGGGCUCAUUUCAAUCGCCUGCCUCCUAGGUACGCGAUGGAUGUGAACUUGGAGAGGGCGGAGGAUGUUCUCACGCACAAGAGGCUCCUGCAUCUGGCGCGUGAUCCUGCUAAUAGGCCCACAUUUGAUGUCCGUUUAGUGCAGGUAGUGCCAGCCUCGGAUGGGAACUUAGGAGAUGCGGCACAUUCUAGUUCUCCAAGAAAGGAUAGCAUCCAUCCACCACCUGCUUUUGGAUCUUCUCCUAAUCUUGAGGCACUUGCACUUCAAGCAAGCAAAUCAGAAGUACAAGAUGGAGAUAUUGGUGCAGAUGCCGUUGCAAAGUUUAGAAGGCCUAUGCACGAGAUUACUUUCUCAACAAUUGACAGGCCGAAGCUCCUCAGUCAGCUGACUUCUUUAUUAGCUGAAGUUGGGCUCAACAUUCAGGAAGCACACGCCUUUUCAACUGUGGAUGGCUAUUCUCUUGAUGUCUUUGUUGUUGACGGUUGGCCAUUUGAGGAGGUCGAACAACUUCGUACUGCACUUGAAAAAGAAGUUCUAAAGACUGAGAAAUGUUCGUGGCCCAAUCUACAGUCUUUGCCUUCUCUCAAUGAAGAUAAACAAAUAAGGAUCAAAUGUGAAUAUGAUCAACUGACAAUACCCAAUGAUGGUACUGAUGUCUGGGAAAUCGAUCCUCAACUUCUCAAAUUCGAGUCCAAAGUAGCUUCAGGAUCGUAUGGUGAUCUAUACAGAGGUACUUACCGUAGUCAGGAUGUCGCAAUUAAAAUUCUCAAGGCUGAGCGCUUGAACACAGAACUCCAGAAGGAAUUUGCUCAAGAAGUAUAUAUAAUGAGAAAAAUUCGUCACAAAAACGUUGUUCAAUUCAUCGGGGCAUGCACCAGGCCUCCAAACUUGUGCAUAGUUACAGAAUUCAUGUCUGGGGGGAGCGUUUACGACUUUUUACACAAGCAAAAGGGUAGUUUUAAGCUUCCUGGAUUACUUAAAGUUGCUAUUGACGUUUCAAAGGGGAUGAACUUUUUGCACCAGAACAAUAUAAUCCACAGGGACUUGAAGGGUGCAAAUCUUUUGAUGGAUGAAAACGAAGUCGUUAAAGUGGCCGACUUUGGAGUGGCGAGAGUGAAGGCUCAGACGGGCGUGAUGACCGCUGAAACCGGGACAUACCGGUGGAUGGCCCCUGAGGUGAUAGAGCACAAGCCUUAUGAUCACAAAGCUGAUGUUUUCAGUUUUGGGGUGGUUUUAUGGGAACUGCUCACAGGAAAGCUGCCGUACGAGUAUCUCACCCCUUUACAAGCAGCUGUUGCGGUGGUGCAAAGGGGUCUGCGGCCGACUAUCCCGAGACACACGAACGCGAAGCUCGCCGAGCUGCUCGAGAGAUGCUGGCAGCGAGAUCCUGCUCUCAGACCUGACUUCUCUGAUAUAACUCAAAUCUUACAGAAAAUUUUUAAGGAGGUAGUAUUUUUUUUCCCUUCAGCUUUACUUCAAUUACUCAUAGAAUUCUUUUUCACUCAAUUAGUAAGUUUCAAAGGUGAAAAUUUCAUCUCAAAGGUGACAUUAUUACUAUAACAAAACUGAGCAUAACUUAAAAGUUUUUUUAUGCAAAAAAUAGAGAAAUAAUGCAUGCUAAAUUAAUUUCGUUGUGAAACAGGUUGAAGAGGAGGGAGAUGGACGAAAGGAGAAAGGCGGAGGAUUCUUUUCUUCCUUGAGACGCGGCCAUCAUUAGCGGAUUAAUUUUAUUUUAAUUUAAUUUGUACCUUAAUAUUUUCGUUUGUAUACAACUCCAAUUUUGGAUUAUUUUACCCCCAUAAUUCAUUUUGUUUUGUACA